AUGUGGACACGGUUCUUGGACAUGGUGAUCAGUCACACAUCGGGGAUGUGGUGCUCAGACGUGGGCCCCCCAGUCUCCCAUCACUGUCCCCCCCAGCUGUUCCUGCGCUGCCGCUCCUGGCGCAGCCUCAGCUCCGGCUCCGAGGGGGAGUCGCGCCUGACGCGGGUCCUGCGGGAGAGGUUCCCCAGGGCCUCCUCCAUCAAGGUCAUGGACAUCUCAGGAGGCUGCGGGGCCAUGUACGAGAUCCACAUCGAGUCCGAGGAGUUCAGGGAGAAGAGGACAGUGCAGCAGCACCAGAUGGUCAACCAGUACACAGCCAGCCCUUCCCAAUGAAUUCUGGAGCUGUGG